AUGGAUGCUCUGGAGUUUAACAAUAACCUACUGAUAUGCGGAAGUUACUCGUCACAAAAUGGCUCGGGUAUUGUUCAGAUCUGGGACGUGGAUGCUCUCCUUGAGUGCUGCAGAUUUCCAGCAAAUGACAUGGUAGUUAACUCAGAUAUAUCUCUAGCCUUUGCUGAUGCAUUCCUUUCAACAGGCCCAGGCGAUGGAACAGUCGGCUUAUUUGAUAUCCGGAGCUAUGGUGCCUCUUGGCCCCCGUUGAGAGGUAUUUCUUCCUCCAUUGCAGCCAAAACCAAGGUCAUGUGGCUUGUUUCCCAGGUUGCUUCCGUUUCUUACAGUUCCUGUGGAAGAUAUCUCCCACGGCAAACAAAGCAGUCGUUUGGGACACAUGCUUUGUGGGUGCUGGAGACCAAGGAGGAAAUUAUGCUCUCUGGUUUAGCAGCGAGUGGAGAAAUGGCAGCGUGGCUCUUUGGGAUGUUACACUUGGAGAACCAUGCCCCUCCUGCCCAACUCCACCGUCACUUCCACUGUCUCGGAGCUCAAGUGGAAGAUCUGGACCGUGGCCGUCGCACGCGUCCUUGGCGCUACCGUGCCGGAUGCCUUCUUGCACCUGCCGACUACUUCACGCGCCAUAGCCCACAUCAAGAGCAAUCUAGAAAUCCUCAUCCCCGCCCCGAGUGCUGCAAAGGCCGCUGCACGUACGCCCUGACCGACCUCCACCUUCUCGAGGAGGCCACUGAUCGGACGCCAUCGUCGUUCCCAUUGGUCAUCACAGAUGAACAUGUGUCAGCCAUCGUGUCGAUAUUGUUUCCUUGCACUCUCUCGCCCACUUGCGUUGCUGAUGCCGCUCUCCUGUUCGAUGCGAGCGGCGAGGUUUGCGACGUCGUCUUCACCUGGCUGUUGCUCCAGCUCCAGAGCAACAAACAGCCGCUGGAAUGGCUCGACGCAUUCGAAGCACAAGCUAUAGCAGGUGACCGUGGCGGUGGCGGAGCUGGACCGCUGGAAAAUCUCUUGCUGCUGUUCCUGAGCAAACAAGCAGCGCUGAAGGAUGAAAAGUCCUCCCCGGCAUCCUUGGACGAGCUCAAACGGAUACGUUCCUGCAUCGAGAACGCGCCCAGGAUAGAGUGGAAGUCCAUGGACAUCACCGUCGCUCUGCGCCAGAUGUUGGAGGAGGUGAUGGCAGCGGGAGAAAUCCAAUGCGACAACCAGAUGCGUGCCCGGCUCGAGCAGUGGAUCCAAGGCCACUACAACUUCCACCGCGUGGAGCCGCUCUUCCAGGAGUACGCAGACGUGAGCGUGCCGAUAGCGCGCCUGAUCUCUACAUGGAUGCGGACGAGGAAGGGACGCCGCGACCACGCCGAGCUCAAAUCCCUGUGCUCGGCAGCGACAUCAUCGGAGUCGAUUGUGGAGCACAUCCAGGCUACGAUGAGCCGGGGAAGCAGCGACGAGUGCCGCCAGCUUUGCGACGCGGCUGCCACCGUCUUUGGCAAUGACUACGGUAGCCUUUUCGUGGAGAUUUGCGCCAACGUGCAGUGGGAUCCAUGCCUGACCGCGUGCUCUCUAGAAGAAUUCGGGGCGAUCAAGCAGGCAGCCUGGGACGGACUCUUCCGGACUGCGAGCUCCGAAAACACGCUUCGAAGGCACCGUUUCGACGAUGACAGCCGCAACGAGGCCACAUGGAGACCUGGGAUUUCCGACAUGAUCCUCUACAUAGCUUACCUGAUCCUCGAGGACUGCUUGGGCGGCAGCGUUGACCGUGAGAGGUGGAAACGAGACUGUGAGUCUAUGCAGAGUGCCUUUCUCUUUGCUCAAUCGUGAUCCUUUUUGCUUGGAUCGUCA